AACUUUUUGAUAUUCAGCAUUUGCAUAGCAAGUGAAGAUGGCAAGCUUAUCUCCAAGUAAUUCUGCACACCACCCUGUUAGGUCCAUUAGCUUGCCUUCUAGGUCACAUCCGAAUUCUCUCAAAGUCGAAGCUCAGCUAACAAAGCUAAGAACUUGGGAAUCAUCUACGAAUCCUUUAAGAGCUGAAACUAUUCAAAUGAGUUUGACUAAGCUAGCAGAGUUGUUUAAUUGCAUCCAAGACCUCAUUCACUCACCACUCACCCAACAAGCUUUUCAUCAUCAACAUUUAAGUCAAGUGGAAGGAGCAAUUGAGGGUUCGGUUGUCUUGUUAGACGUGUGUAGCACGGUAAGGGAUUUGUUCUUGACAAUGAAAGAACAUGUCCAGGGCAUGCAGUCCCUGCUACGAAGGCGCGGAGCUAGAGAUUUAAGCAUCGAAAGCAACGUUCUUGCUUACGUUAGCUUCAGAAAGAAGACAACGAAGGAAAUCACCAGGUCCAUUAGAGCAUUGAAAAGAUCCGAAAGCAAUGUUAAUGGAUCCUACCAUCCCAGCACGGAGGUAGAUAACCAGCAGUCAUAUGUGAUCGAGGUUAUAAAUGAAGCAAGGGCUAUCGCUAUUUCAAUCUUCCGAUCUCUAGUUCUUUUCCUAUCCAUGCCGGAAGUGAAGAAGAACACCGGCGGAUGGUCGUUGAUAUCGAAACUGAUACGUUCAGGGUUGCUAGCUUCUGAUAAAGGUCAGAAGAUUUUCAAUGAAGUAGGGAAUGUUGACAUUGCUCUAUGUUCCAUUCAAGGACAAAUGCGGAAAAAUGAUGCCAAGGUCGACGUGCAAGAAGUGCAAAGGAGAUUAGAGACACUUGAUGUGUGCAUCAAUGGUUUUAAUGCAAAAUUAGAUUGCAUUUUUAGAUGUUUAAUACAAAAUAGAGUGUCCCUUCUCAAUCUUGUUACUCCUUGAAAGAUUUUAUUUUGUACAUCGAACUUGUCAUUGCAUCCACAUUUUAAAGGAUACGUCCAUGUACAAAUAAAUCCCAAGCCGAUAUCAAGAAGCUACUUAGCAUGGAUAAAAUUUAUUUUUUUGCAA